CUCAGCUGCGCCUGCGCCACGAGGCGAAAGCAGGCGAAAGUGUCGGAACGCGUGCUGACAGCUGACGCGUGCUUGUUUGUCAGAUUGACAGCAAGUGACAGACAGUGAGCUUGGUGGGCUUCGGGGAGAGAAUGGGAGAGAUUCCAGAAUGAAUAGAGAUCAGAGGAGAGAAGUGACGCGAUUCUAGACCAGAGAAAUCCUCAUUGAGUUUAUUUUUCGAGACAGAAAGGGGGUCUCGCCGCGCGCGUUUCAUUAGCGCGUAGCAUUAUAAAUAUGUGAUAUUCCACCGCGUGUAGAAUCGUUGCAAAAUGGAACGAGUGCUCGAGGAGCGUCUGAGGGACAAGGUUUGUCUCGGCGACGCGGACGGCGUGCAGGAUCUCUUGAAUGUAGGCGUCGACAUUAACGCGCGAGACUCCGUCCUGGGAUGGACUGCUCUACACUGGGCGUGCAAAGAGGGAUACGUCGACAUCGCUGCCCUACUCCUGAAAAACGGCGCCGACAAGAACGUACGAUCCCUCCUAGGCGAGACCCCGGCAUCUAUCUGCAGCAACCAACAGAUCAUGUAUCUUCUGAACACGAGCGACGACCUCGAGCGGAUCAUGUACGAUUCGUCGUUACGCGCGGUCACGUCCGAGUACUCCGCCCCGCCAGACUUUCUGCGCGCCGCUGCGAACUCUUCGAAAGCCAGAAGCAGCAUGUACGACAAGGGCAGACUCGUCUCGUCGUGUCAAGAUGAACUGGUGCUGAAAAUCCGGGUCGCCAAUACAGCGGAUCCGGAUUUCAUAGAGGUAGAAAUACUGCGAAGCGAGCUGACGUAUCAUUCUCUGGUCAUUCUGUGCUGCAAGGAGCUGGAUAUCAGUUCGCAUCAAAUCCAGAAGCUGAGAAAGUUGCCCAAUACCAGACUGAGAGGGGAGAAGGACGUUCAGAGGCUCCAGAACUUCCAGGAAAUCGAGGUGGUCAUAGACACGACAAAUGUGUACAAGAGCAUGCAAAAUUCUAACGGCGUCGCCAACAGUUUGCCAACAUUGCCCGCUAAUGGGUACCAGAGUAUAUCUAAGAAGGAUCAGACCAUUUUGUAUUGAUCACUUGCAUUGGGAAGGGAACCUUCGCCACAAUUUCGACUAUUUGCACUUAAUCUAGUAUGUUAAUAAAAAAAAAACAUUAUUUGUUAAUCAAAUAAA